AUGUUCAUCCACAAGAAUACUACAACUCCCACAUCCUUGCUUCUCAUCGCCAGCUUCCUGCCGGCCAUGUACGCAUGGAACCAACAAGCAGACCAUUCCAGCACCAUAGUCUUACUGAUUGCGGCAGCUAUGAAGCUCGCGUUUUUGCCAGUGAUCGUCAAGCCCCACAUUGCCACCACCCUGAUGAUGGAACUGGACGUGCACCACUUGUGCAGGUGGACGGAACAUCUGAACGUCCCGACCUUGCCGCAUUACGUCACCCUGGUGGGUUUGGUGAAGACCAAGUGGCGCAGGUUUUUACGAAUUCAUUUCGCGCUGGAACUAGUUCCACCUUUGGCCUACAUUUUUGCCAUGCUCCUGCUGCUCUUUGGUAUGCGUCCCCAUCCUGAAGUUCUGAUGGUGGUGUCUGCAGCACCCCUAUCCAUGGCAUAUCUCUGGUUACAGGUUUUGCCUUUGGCACGCUUCAACCAGAUGAUUGUCGAUUGGCAGCUGUCAACUGAAAAUAACGACACUUUUCGGAUCCUGUGGCAAAAGGAGAGGGACCUCAUGUUUACCGUUUGGAGAUAUCACAUCACUUUCAGAAAGGUGCGCUUGUCUAUUGCUUCGCUGGCGGCGAGUAUGCUGAUCAAGCAGGGCAGGACGUUGGCCAUGGCAUUGACCCACGCCUUCGAUGAAACAGAGCCAGAAGUGAGCACCAUCCUUUUGGUCGAUUGA